UUCCCUCCCUCUGCGGGAUGAUUCUCUGGGGGUAUGGGCUGCCCUGUCGCCGUCUCCUCCUCCUCCUCCUCAAAAUCUAUUUAAUUUGUGUUUUAAACAAUCGCCUUGGUGCCCACCGCCUCUUGGAUGGAGUGCUUGUCUAAGUGAGGGAAGGCUCGAGGAUUCUAACAGCCUGGUCUGGAAUGUCUGCUCUUGUUCAGAGAGAAGACUCUGAGGAUCCCCUGCUGACUUGAGAAAGAAAAGAGAGAGAGAGGCACACAGAUUGCUGAGGAACUUAAAAAGGAGAGGGGGAAAAAAAGCGAGCUCUACCAGAAGGAACUCCCGGGAACCAUGAGCAGCGCAGCACUGCUGACUCACCUCCCAGACCCCAGCAGCAGCUUCAGGGAAGAUGCCCCACGCCCCCCUGUACCAGGGGAAGAAGGAGAGACACCAUGCCAUCUGGCUGCCAGUUUCUUUGCCCUAAAAAACCAAAGCUUCAAGGCCAUGUCUGUUUCUUCCACGCCCAGGAGGAAUGAGGAUGGUCUUGGGGAGCCAGAAGGCAGCGCAUCUCCCGAUUCCCCUCUAGCCCGAUGGACCAAAUCCUUGCAUUCUUUACUAGGCGAUCAAGAUGGUGCUUACCUCUUUCGGACCUUCCUGGAAAGGGAGAAGUGUGUGGAUACUUUAGACUUUUGGUUUGCCUGCAAUGGCUUCAGGCAGAUGGACCUUAAGGAUGCCAAAACUUUAAGAGUCGCCAAAGCUAUCUACAAAAGGUACAUUGAGAACAACGGCAUUGUCUCCAAGCAACUCAAGCCUGCCACCAAGACCUACAUACGGGAUAAUAUCAAGAAGCAGCAGAUCGAUUCUGUGAUGUUUGAUCAGGCACAGACUGAGAUCCAGACUGUGAUGGAGGAAAAUGCUUACCAGAUGUUUUUGACUUCUGAUAUAUACCUCGAAUAUGUAAGGAGUGGGGGAGAAAACCCUGCUUACAUGAACAGCAAUGGACUGGGCAGCUUGAAAGUGGAUUGUGGCUAUCUCCCCACCUUGAAUGAAGAAGAGGAAUGGAGCUGUGCUGACCUUAAAAACAAACUUUUGCCCUCCAUACUUGGACUGUCCAGUAAGACCUUGAGGGCUACAGCCAGUGUCCGAGCUACAGAAACUGUGGAAAAUGGGUUCAGGUCCUUCAAGAGAAAUGAUCCAGUUAACCCGUAUCAUGUGAAUUCUGGGUAUGUCUUUGCUCCUGCCACUAGUGCAAACGACAGCGAAAUUUCUAGCGACGCUCUGACUGACGAUUCCAUGUCAAUGACCGAUAGCAGUGUUGAUGGGAUCCCUCCUUACAGAAUCGGGAACAAGAAGCAGCUCCAGAGGGAAAUGCAUCGUAGUGUCAAGGCCAACGGGCAAGUUUCUCUACCUCACUUUCCGAGAACCCACCGGCUCCCCAAGGAAAUGACCCCCGUGGAACCCGCCACCUUCGCGGCCGAGCUCAUCUCUCGGUUGGAAAAGCUCAAGCGAGAACAAGAGACCAUGGAUUGCUUGGAAGAGAGGCUGCAGCAAAUCACAGAGGAUGACGAAAAGGAGAUCUCUGACACGCCUGUCGCUGCCCAGGGCAACCGAGAGCUUGUAGCCGUGCAACAUCAGCAGCACCCACUCACGCUCCUUCCCACCGGCAGCUAUGAAGAUGAUCCUCAGGCCAUUCUGGACGACCACCUGUCCCGUGUGCUUAAGACCCCCGGGUGUCAGUCUCCUGGCAUGGGGAGGCAUAGCCCUCGUGCUCGUUCCCCCGACCGACUCCCGGGGGGCAAGUUCCUGAUAGCCACUCCAGGCAAGAAUGCCGUGCCCGCGGCUUGUGCUCUUCUCAGCAAAGGAUUUGUCACCAAGCAGACCACCAAGCAUGUUCACCAUCACUACAUCCACCACCACACCAUUCCCAAAACAAAAGAGCAGAUAGAAGCUGAGGCAGCCCAGCGGGUCCAAUGCUUGUGUGCUGGGGGCACUGAUUAUUAUUGCUAUCCAAAAUGUAGAGGACACGCGAAAGGGGCGGACCUUCCUGUCGCUCAGCUGGAGCCAUUUAGCAGAACUGGGACCCUUCCCAAAAGGAACUGUAAGCUCCAGGAUGGCCUCGUCCUGCCAGGUGGAGAAGGAGGUGGCCCCCCUGCCCCACCAGGCAUACCGCUACCCAGUGGGGAAGCCGAUCGCUCCCAGAACGUCUGGCAGUGGAUGUUGGAGAGUGAAAGACAAUCUAAGCACAAGCCCCAUAGCACGCAAAGCACGAAGAAGGCCUACAAUGCUGACUCCACCAGAGGUGCAUCUGGGGAGCGUCCGGCCCGUCACCACCAGUGGGGCAACAGCAGCCACCCACGGGCUGUGCAACCUGCCCACCCCUUUGUCCAGGAUCCCGCCAUGCCUCCACUGACUCCACCCAACACAUUGUCCCAGCUGGAGGAAGCUUGCCGCAGGCUAGCCGAGGUGUCCAAGCCACAGAAACAACGAUGUUCAACUUCAAAUCAGCUUAGAGAUCGAAACCACUUGGCUUCAGUACCGGGAGGGAAUGGCCCUUUCAACACGACAAACACGACAUCAGAAGAGUGA